AUGGGUUAUCAACAGGAGGAAGAACAACUAGACCAAGAGCUCGAUGAACUAACCGGUCUUCUACGAGAAAAUAUCCAGGCCAAAAUGGACCAACAUGGCAAACUAGACGACUUAGAAAACCAAGCUAAUGAUCUCCAAGACGCAGCUGGUCUAUUUAUGGAACGCGCGGAGAAGGUUUCGGACAAGUACUGGUUUCAAAAUAUGAAAUAUACUUUUGCGUUAGUCGCGUUUCUUUUGCUUGUGGUCAUUUUCUUUCUGUGA